AUGGGAACAGGUGACCGGCUGCUCGACAUCCCGUGCAAUGUGUGCGGAGACCGCAGCUCGGGGAAGCACUACGGCAUCUAUAGCUGCGAUGGAUGCUCGGGGUUCUUCAAGCGGUCGAUCCACAGGAACCGAGUGUACACAUGUAAGGCGGGCGGCGAGAUGAAGGGCCGCUGCCCCGUGGACAAGACGCAUCGCAACCAGUGCCGCGCCUGCCGCCUCGCCAAGUGCUUCCAGGCCAACAUGAACAAGGAUGCGGUGCAGCACGAGCGCGGCCCUCGCAAGCCGAAGCUGCACGCGGGUUCGCUAGCCGGCCUGCCGCCGCCGCCGCUUGCGCACGCGCACAAACCACAUGCGCUCAAGCUCUCGCCGCCCUCGCCCUACGCGCCGCUAGGGCAGCCGUUCAACUUUCAAUUCGGUAUGGGCAUGGGCGAGCAGGCGCCUCUGAGUGCGACCUCGUCGGCGGGGUCGAGCGGUGCGGGUGCAGGCGCCACCAGCCCGAUGCCGCUCGUGCCGGAGCCCUUCCUACCGCCGCCGCCACCCACCCUGCUGCACAUCCUUAUGUCUAGUGACAAGUGCCAGGAGUUGAUGUGGAGCGCUAAGCAGCUUCAACUGCAGGGUGACCCGACACUCUUACGCCCCCCGCCGGGCGCGUUCGGCGCCCCCCUUGCGCCUACGUGGGAAUUGCUACAGGAGACUAGCGCCCGCCUUCUCUUCAUGGCAGUACGCUGGGUGCGAUGCCUCGCCCCGUUCCAAGCGCUGGCACCGUCAGACCAGCUGGUGCUACUCCGGGCUGCAUGGAAGGAUUUGUUCCUGCUUCACCUCGCCCAGUGGUCUGCUCCUUGGGACUUGGCGCCACUGCUGGCAGCCCCCGCCGCCAGAGCUCGAUUGCCACCAGACCCCUUGGCUGAUUUGGAACUCAAUACUUUACAAGAAAUAUUAUGUCGGUUUCGCCAAAUUGCGCCAGAUGGCAGCGAGUGCGGUUGCAUGAAAGCCAUCGUACUUUUUUCACCUGGUAGGACUUCUUGCUUAACAGAUACUCCAGGACUCAGCGAAACCCAACCAGUAGAGAUGUUACAAGAUCAAGCUCAGUGCAUCCUUGCCGACUACGUGAGGACGAGGUAUACGCGGCAGCCUACUAGAUUCGGCCGAUUACUUCUGCUGCUCCCGUCGCUCCGUGCUGUGCGCGCGCGCUCCAUAGAGUUGCUGCUUUUCCGCGACACAGUGGGUGACGUGUCAGUGGCCACAUUGCUUCACGACAUGUACCGCAUGCAGCCGGCGCCCGCGCCGCCCUUUGCCUCGUCAGCCGUGCCUCCGCCGCCUGUCUCAGAAUCUUGCGCUUCGCCUUAA